GAGAUGGGCGCUCCGGGGGUGGCUCUGCGGGGCUGUUCCGUUCUGCAGACCGCGGAGCGCUGGGUGUCCCCGCUCUGCGGGCAGCGCUGGGCCCGACGCGUGAAAACAGCUCGUUUGUGCGGUUGUGGUGUGUUCUGCAGCCCGUGGUGCUCCUGGACUCGGGAGUGUCUGCAGUCCCAGCAGCUCCAAAAGCAAACCUGGGGAACAGCCUCCUCCCGAAGCGUUUCUGUCAAUGGUAGAGUGUGGCUUUUAACGUUGCUUCACAGGGAUACCCAUUAACGUGAUUAAUCCUGCUUGAACUUCAUGCAGAGAAAGAACUUCAGAGCUGAACUGCAAACAGUAGAAAACCGCUUAAAUCGGGUGUCUGCAAGGCAAAGGCAGGUGAUGCGAGUGGAAGGGUCUGAUUUUUGGCCCCUGCGUUACUAUUCCACAAAUAUUCUGGGGUUUUGUUGGCCCAAGCUGUGGGCAGUGAGGCUCCCUGAGGCUAUUCCUGUGUUUGUAAGGCCAGGAGCAAUGGGUGUUCUUGAAGCCCCUGACAAAAGUAAUGAACGAACAGGACAUGCUGCGUUUUUGAAGUUGCCUGCUGAAAAUCUUAGAUAUAUGGUUAUUGAGACAGCUUCCAAGUAUGGAUAUUUUAAGAGAGGUGAUGGGAGCUGCCAAACCUGUGCAAACCAGAGUGGGGAAGGCACUUGGUUAGUGAUGUAGAUGAGGAUGUUCUUUUGCUGGUCUCUGGGAUAUAUGUACUAAGUUGGGGUAAAACAUGCAAUACAAGCCCUAUUUUUUGCUUGCACUGUGAAUCUAAACUGAGGUAACUGCCAGUGUUGUUACACGGGUUAAAACUUCACUGCUCUGCGAAGGGUGGUAGAUUUUUGGAAAGCUGGGGAGAAGCAAUUUGUUGAGCGAUGGCCAGGUGCAUGAAAUUUGUUGCUGGUUAUUGGUGCACUGUCCAUCUGCUCUGGCUGGUGGGAGCUCCUUCUCCUACACCUGCAGGAGGUUAAAUUGGUUCCACCUCUUUAGAGCCUCCUUAUUCCCGAAGUGUAACCCGUGGCAGGUGUGUACCCUGACAGUUGGUAAAGAAGGCUGCAUGGGUCAAGCGAUUGCUGAAGCAGGCAAAGGCCAAGCAAGCUACCUCAAAUCCAGUAUCUUCUGGCGUUAGAACCAGUGGGCGCUGGAGCAGGCUCCUGGUCUGCAGCACCAUGCUGGGUCCCAAGCCUCACUCUGCAAGCCGGAGGUGAAUCCCGGAGAAAGGCAGAUAUCGCAGUAGGUGUCAGGAUGACCAAAGCACGGCUCCUCCGUCUCUCCGUGGUGCUGGUCUCCAUCUUCAUGAUCCUCCUGAUCAUCGUGUACUGGGACAACGUGGGAACAGCUCACUUCUACCUGCACACGUCCUUCUCCAGACCUCACUCGCCAGGAGCCAUCCCUGGUAUUACGGCAGGUGAAGACUGGGAAGCCUUGCCAGAUGUGGAUGAAUUUUUAGCAAAGCUGCUUAGUUCGAGCCUGAAACAGAACAGCUCUGCCUCCCAAAAGACAGAGCAGCUACUCGUCCAGAGCUCCAGCAAGCCUGUGGUGAGUAAUUUAGAGGAAAAUGUGCGGGGCUAUGACUGGUCUACGCACAACGCCAGGAACAGCUUGGACCAAGAGAAACUGCAGGUAGAGAGGCAGAGAACGUUACGGGAGUUUUGUGCCAAUUCCAGCUUCGCCUUCCCUACCAAGGAGCGCUCCUUUGAUGACAUCCCAAAUUAUGAGCUCAACCACCUGAUUGUGGAUGACCGCCACGGCAUCAUCUACUGUUACGUCCCCAAGGUGGCCUGCACCAACUGGAAACGGGUGAUGAUUGUGCUGAGUGAGAGCCUGCUGGACCAGGGGGUCCCAUACCGAAACCCUCUAGAUAUCCCCCGGGAACACGUCCACAACACCAGCACCCACUUGACCUUCAACAAAUUCUGGCGCCGUUACGGGAAGUUCUCCCGCCACCUCAUGAAGAUCAAGCUGAAGAAGUACACGAAGUUCCUCUUCGUACGGGACCCUUUUGUGCGCCUUAUCUCUGCCUUUCGCAGCAAAUUCGAGCUGGAGAAUGAGGAGUUCUACCGGCGUUUUGCCAUCCCCAUGCUAAAGCUGUACUCCAACCACACCAACCUUCCCACCUCCGUUAGUGAGGCCUUCAGGGCAGGCCUAAAAGUCUCCUUUUCUGACUUCAUCCAGUACUUACUGGAUCCCAGGACAGAGAAGAUGGCCCCUUUCAAUGAGCACUGGAGGCAGGUUUACCGGCUGUGCCAUCCGUGCCAGAUAGACUACGAUUUUAUUGGGAAGCUGGAGACACUGGAUGAGGACGCUGCUUAUCUAUUGCAGCUCCUCAAAGUGGACAGGCUGCUUCACUUCCCCCCCAGCUACCGGAACAGGACUGCCAGCAGCUGGGAAGAUGACUGGUUUGCCAAAAUCCCGCUGGCUUGGAGGCAGCAGCUCUACAAGCUUUAUGAAGCUGAUUUUGUACUCUUUGGCUACCCCAAACCAGAAAACUUGCUGAAAGACUAAAAGCGAUUGGGUGGUGGGUGUGGGAGGGAACAUCUGAAAUACCAAAAAUGUUUAAAGCCUCCUCAUUUUUGCCCUUAACUCCCUUCUCCAUACAGGUUGGUACAAUGGAAAUAUAUUUUUUCUACUGCUCCCCCUUCCGUUUUUACAGUGAUGCCAGAGCCCAGGGUAUUCCAGCCAGAUGUGCAUAUGCAAAAAUUGCCAUAUUUUUGGUUAUCAUUUGUUUUCUGGGUUUUCUUUUUCUAAGAUGUCCCCAUGUUUUGCAAUGGGUCGCCGCCCUUGGUCACUCUGCCAGCUGUGUCCUUCAGUAGCUUUUUAUUAAUACUUUUUAAAAAUUAAUAUAUUUAAGAUAUUUAAUACAAAGUGUGUGUCAUGGCAAAGGAAGGGAAGGGAUUAAAAAAAAAAAAAAGGAAAAAAAAAAAAGUAAAAGAAAAACCCAAGAAA